AUGAAUGCCGAGUGGAAAGAGAGUGUCAGGUGCUGCUGGUGCCCAGACCCGGGCCCUCUGCCUCCCGAGCCACGGCCACUGAGGGUCCCAGCAGGCCAUGCAGCUGUGCCAAGACCCAAAGUGAGAGUGCUGCUUCAGGAAGUGCUCCAGAACUCGCCCUGUCCAGGCGAUCCUGGUGGGGCAGAGCCUGAGAUGGCUGGACUCAAGUCCUUUACCCUCCCUUCCCAGAACUGCCGCCAUGAGGGCAGCAUGGGCAUGGGGCAGCUCCCUGCUAGGCUGGGCUCCUGCCGCCCUGUGCUACAAGAGCCCAGGCUCUCCCGAGCCCCCUGGGCCCUCAGCCUGCAUGAGCUGGGUGGGGCUGAGGUGGGGGCUGCUGCCUGUAUCCCACCCAUAGGGGGCCUGGCUGGUGUGGUUUGCGUGCCUCUCCGCGUGGCCGGUGAGGCCUGGGAGGCAGGGCUGAGCCCGUGGCCGGGUCUGGGCCAGCCCGCCCACUGCAGUAUUGAUGGCCCAUGUAGGCCCCAUUUUGAGCGUGGAGCUGCCUUCAAGCGAGCAGACCAGCCAGUGGCCGCCUCCCAUCCAUGGUGCGUGGGGCCAGGCCCGGGGCCUCACCUGAGCACGAUCUUUAACCCCACAGGUGCCUCUAGCAUGGCAGCGGCCGAAGUGCCCGGCUAUGUUGUGUCCCCACAAGCGGAGAAGCAUCGACGGGCCCGCAACUGGACGGACGCCGAGAUGCGCGGCCUCAUGCUUGUCUGGGAGGAGUUCUUCGACGAGCUCAAGCAGACCAAGCGCAAUGCCAAGGUGUACGAGAAGAUGGCCAGCAAGCUCUUUGAGAUGACCGGGGAGCGCCGGCUGGGCGAGGAGAUCAAGAUCAAAAUCACCAACAUGACCUUCCAGUACAGGAAAUUAAAAUGCAUGACAGAUAGCGAGUCCGUCCCGCCUGACUGGCCCUAUUACCUAGCCAUUGAUAGGAUUCUGGCCAAGGUCCCCGAGUCCUGUGAUGGCAAACUGCCGGAUGGCCAGCAACCGGGGCCCUCCACAUCCCAGACCGAGGCGUCCCUGUCGCCGUCCGCUAAGUCCACCCCUCUGUACUUACCAUAUACCCAGUGCUCCUACGAAGGCCGCUCCGAGGACGACCGCUCCGGCAGCUCCUCCAGCUUACUGUCCCUUAAGUUCAGGUCGGAGGCACGGCCCGUGAAGAAGCGCAAGGUGCAGAGCUGCCACUUCCAGAGGAAGAAGCUGCGGCUGCUGGGAGCCAUGCUGCAGGAGCAGCGCAAGCUGAGCCGCGCCACAGAGGAGGCCUGCCGCGAGGUGCGCCGCGUGCUGGACCAGCAGCACAUCCUGCAGGUGCAGAGCCUGCAGCUGCAGGAGCGCAUGAUGAGCCUGCUUGAGAAGAUCAUUGCCAAGUCCAGCGUCUAG